AUGGCGUCACUAACAUCCCGUUCGUGUCCGGUUCGUUUGCGUAUCAAUACCGGUAGAUACACAACACUUGGAACACUAAACCAACCUAGACUCGUUUCGUUUCACCGUUCGGCUGCAAAAUAUCCAGGUAUAUUUGGAAAAAUCCAAGAAAACAAGGAAUCGGUACAUAUUCAAACAGUUCUCACCACCGUUGUUUCUGUGGCUGAAACCGUAAUGCUGGCUCGAUCGUUAGUCAAUAACUAUUUGCCUCACGAGGUACGCCACUACAUCUCAUAUGAAAUCCACCGCUUGGUUCGCCCCCGCGUCGUUGGUUACUUUUCCACUCAAAUGACAAUAACUAUCCAAGAAUUUGAAGGAUUUGGUCGCAAUGAAGUCUUUGAAGCCGCAGAAGCCUAUCUAGCCACCAAGAUCUCUUCUUCUAACAAGAAACUCAGAGUGAGUAAGCACGAUGAAGAAAACACAUACAACGUCACCCUGGAACGUGAUGAGGAAGUUGUAAUGGUGUCGGUGGAUCCUCCGUUGCCACCAUGA